CAAGAUCUAUUCCAGCAAUUCUUAUCAUCUCUUUCUUCUCCGCUUUCCCCCUCACUGUUCCCCCUCAGCCAUUCAUCCGCCCUCACCAACAGGGUAUUCCGCAUCCAGCGUCCUAGGAAAGAGAAAUAGAGGAGAGACCAGCCAGCACGUCAUCCGGCAUUGCCACCUUCUUCUCUUCCCUCUCCUUCAAAGCAACACUCCUUUGCGCCCGCCUCCGCCUUUUGCGGUCCCACAACCCACCCAACCGCCUUCUUUCUUAUCUAUCCAUCGACAGAUAGAUGCCAGAUACGCCCCUCACAAUGGCCGCCGCUGAAAACGCCUCUGGCGAUAAUAAUCUCAACAACCUCCCCGCCCCUGUGCCCGACCCAGUGACGGGCCGUCUCGACCCCAACGACCCGACCGUCAAGGCCCUCACUGAGGCCGCGUUGAAUAUGGACAAGAGCAAGAUCCCCAGGCCAUACAAGUGCCCUUUGUGUGAUAGGGCUUUCUACAGAUUAGAACACCAGACGAGACAUAUUCGCACGCAUACGGGUGAAAAACCACAUGCUUGUACGCAUCCGGGCUGUGACAAGCGGUUCUCUAGAUCGGACGAGUUGACGAGGCAUGCGAGGAUCCAUCUGCCCACGUCGAAUGAUUCAAAUGGUGUCAACAAGGGUAAACACAAGUACCAGGAUGAUGAGCUUGAGCAUCACGAUGACCACCGAUCCCAUCCCAUGGGCCACCUCGGCCCAUCGUACAAUAUGGACGUCGACCGCAACGCUUAUCCCUACAAUCUCCACUCUAUCCAAAUGUCUGGCCCCAGCGGCGGUAUCAGCGACAUCUCUGCCCUCGCCGCGGCUGCUUCCGACCAGCUGAUCGAGAUCGAGCGCCACGAAGCCUUCCGACGCGCCGAGUGGGAGCUGCGUCAUAGGCAAAUAGCGGGCGCGAGGAAGAGUAACGGCAACAGCCCUGUCGGUACGCCUGGGAGCGGGUCCGGAGGCGGGGGUGGCGCGCCGUAUGGGUUCUCGAAUGAGCGCGAGAGAAUGUCGAUGAGUGCGGCGCCAAGUGGGGCGAAUGGGAAUUCGUUGGUGUAUCCCGUUUCGGCGCCGCAAGCUGCCACGGGAACGUUGCCGGCUGUACCAGCUGGCUCCCUUGCCGACCCGACGUACCUCGUCCCGCCUUCGUGCUGCCAUGAAGAGUGCCACAAGAGCUAUCGCAAGCGACUCAAGCUUGCCAAGCAGACUGCGGCUUGCCCCAACUGUUUGACUUUUGCGCACCCGAGUAAUACGUUUGGUGGACCUGGUCUUGGUGGAGCUGGGCAUGGUGCAGGUGGUGGGGGAGGAGAUGGGAGUCAUCAUUCGAGCAACUCCAACACGCCUCGAGAUGGGAGGUCGAACCAUAAUUCCGCCGAGGACCUCACCAAAUUCGCUUCGGGCCAGCAGGGCAACCACUACAGCAUGAACCAGCCCCAACCCAACCUUUCGCAAGAGCUCGCUUCCUUGCAGUACCAGCACAUGCAAGCUCUUCAGCGAGCCCGGCUCGGGCCAUACGGCACCCCUGCUUCGUCCGCUUCCCACUCUCGCUCGCACUCUCACUCUGCUUCGCCUGCUAUGCAGAUCCCCAAUAAUGGCAGCAACAACCACCUCCGGCCUUAUACCAUCGAUCUCCACUCUCAUCGUGGCGGUCUUGCCUCGGCGCACCAAUCUGCUGCACCCAGCCCGUCGUCUAGCGAUGAUAGCGACGACGAGCACAUGGGCGAGCUCAUGCCCCAUGCGCCUUUCGAGUUUACGCCAGCUACGAGUCCAGUCUUGAGCGGCAUGCGUCAGAUGUCUCUAUGGCAGCAGGGCAAGGCCUUGACAGCGCCCCCUUCGAGAGCUACGAGCCCUGUGCACAGCCUCUCGCGUAAUCCGUCCAGGCCAGGCUCGCCAGAGGGCCACAGUGCCAACUCUGGCAAACAUGGCCAUACUUCGCACUCUGCCCGAGACGCCAAGAAUCGAUCGCACCCUUAUACCCACCAUUACUCCACCACGCCCAACUCGCCCUACCUCCCCCAGGCAAUGAAGACCCGCAUGUCUCCUCCGAAACUCAAUCGCUCCCUUAGCGCUGCGAACCAAAGUGGCGGCGGGGGCAAGAGUGUUCAGGAUAUAUUGAACGCACCGUCUAUCCCGCCACCACCUAGUGACAGGAUGCUGCCGCCUCCAAAUGCCAACUCUGGCGGGAACGGGUAUACUUCGUCAGCGCCGAGUGUGAACUAUUCGUACUCUUCUCAGCCUACCUCUGCGCACCAGAGCCCGUCUACCUCGCGUGCGUCUUCGCCGGUACAUGGUCAAUCUACAAACAACCAGAACCAUAUCGCGCACGGCGUUCGCGCCGCAUUCGGUAUGACUCCGAUCAUGCAGCAGAGGGAUGCGUCCAAGCAAGUGGGUGGGAGUUUUAGCCCACCGCACAAGCUUGCGCCGUUAGGGCUGGCGGGGGAUGGGACGAGGUUGCCGAGUAUGAGUAGGGGGAGCAGUCCGGUGCAUCUUGGGGUUGGAGGGGUCGGGAUGGAGUUGGAUGGUCAGGCUUGAAGGUGUGCAGGGGCGGUCGUGGCUUGAGACGCCCCUGUGGAUUGCAAUUCGACGAGAACGUGGGAGACUAGGAGGAUGUCAGUCCAAGAAAGGAGAGGGGAGGGGAGAAAAGGAAGAAGGGAGAAGAUACCAAUACCACAAAACAGGAUUCCAUAUACAAUUUUUCUUCUUUCACAUAGAGAUGUUCGGCAAAGAUUCUGAAAGUAGACUAGGCCCGUGAUACUUUUCCAUAGAGAAUACGAACAUUGAUAGAGGGGCUUCAUAUACGAUGUAUCAAUUACACC